GGCGGAGACAGCGGCGGAGGCGCGAGGCAUUCGAGCGAAGACAACGGGAGUGCGGUGGUGGACUUCUGCGACGGAGGACGAGAGGACGACGGAGACGAGCCUUCUUAUGGUAGUCGCGACACAGUAGCUGCUUCCGGACCAGAGUUCGGAUUCGAGGGUUUCUUUGGCCAAAGUCAGGAUGUGAUGUUAGUUGAGCAGCAGCAAAAUACUCAGCGUGUCGCACGAACUACGAUAAUGGCUACGGAACUCAACUUUACCAAGAUACUCAGCGUCGAGCUCCAUUCGGAUCCUCGGACCCACCGAUCCCUUCGACAUGCGAUUGAGCGUCACGGAUCUGUAGACAUCACCAAUCAGUGUGCCCACGUCGGGGUCAACGUCCGUCUUUGCCGAGCAGUUACGGGAACGGAUCCCCUGUUCGAAGUGCUGGCCAGCGAGAACCUGUUCCAGAACAUUCCCGUCAGGUCUCCAUCAGUCGCCAACGACAUCCUAAAUGCAGUCUAUGGUAGUCCUCGUCGUCGCUCCAUGACUGCUGCGGUACCGUCACGGCCACUAACACCGGUCUCCGUUCGCCUGGGUUCUUCCACCAUCCGUUUCCGGCCAGACCAAGCUCAGGCUGUGCAACUCGGCUGCGAAAAUAGGCCCAUCUUGGCCGUACAAGCCGCAUAUGGAACAGGGAAAACGGUCGUCGGC